GAGCUGCAAGGUCUUAUUAAUAAUAGAAGGGGGAUGUGGUGUUUAGCAGGGGAUUUCAACGCUGUAAGGAGGAUGGAGGAAAGAGCAGGAUGUAAGGCAGUGUCCAAUGAAAUGAGGGAGUUUGAAGCUUUCAUUCACAAUUCUGAUUUGGUUGAUUUGCCAUUGAUAGGGAGAAAAUACACUUGGUAUAAUUCAAAUGGGCUUCAAAUGAGCAGGAUUGAUAGAUUUCUGUUUUCUGAAGAAUGGAUGUCAAAGUGGAGUGAAAUGAAACAGUGGGGAUUGAAGAGGUCGGUAUCAGAUCACUGCCCAAUACUGAUAAGAAAUGAGCAGGUCGACUGGGGCCCAAAACCGUUUAGAUUUUUCGAUGCUUGGUUGGAUCAACCGGGUUGCAAGGAGGUGAUUACAAGAGCAUGGUGUGAUAACGAAGUGGAGGGGUGGAAUGGAUUUAAAAUAAAAGAAAAACUCAAAAGAACAAAGAAGGCACUAAAGGAGUGGAGUGGCAAAUCCAACAGGGAGAUGGAUGAAAGAAUAAAGAAUGCAGAGCGUGUGAUUGCUUCAGUUGAUGAGAAAGGAGAGCAAUUCCAGCUGACAGAUAACGAUAUUGAAUUGAGGAGGAACGGUUUUAUCGAAUUGGGGAAAAACUUAAAAAUCAAGGAGAGGAUGAGUCAACAAAAAGCAAGAAAGCUGUGGCUGAAGGAAGGGGACGCGAAUACAAAGUUUUUCCACAGAAGCAUCAAGGGAAGAUGGAGCAGGAACGAAAUCAAUAGUAUCCGGAUAAAUGGGGAACAACAUACAGGAGUGGAGGUAAUAAAGCAAGAGAUUGCUAAGUACUUCCAGGAAUUGUUUACAGAAGAAAAAUGGAGAAGACCAAAGUUAGAUGGAAUAUGCUUCAGGCAGAUCACAAAGACUGAUAAUGAGUUCCUCACGGCUACUUUCUCAGAACAGGAGAUUAAAGAAGCAAUUUGGAACUGUGAUCCAGCCAAAUCCCCAGGACCAGAUGGAUUUAACUUCAGAUUCAUCAUGACAAUGUGGGAUGUUAUAAAAUCUGAUAUAUUCAACUUGGUUCGGGAGUUCCAACAAUAUGGCCGACUGGUCAAAGGGUCAAAUGCCUCCUUUAUAGUGCUAAUUCCUAAAACAGAAAAUGCACAAGCAAUUGAGGAAUUUAGACCCAUUUCCUUGAUAGGAGUCAUAUACAAAAUCAUUGCAAAGCUUCUAGCGAAUCGAUUACGGAAGGUGCUACCCAAGGUGAUUGGGGAGCAGCAGAUGGCGUUUAUUGAAGGAAGGAAUUGGAUUCAGGAGUGCUUGAAAUCCAGCUCGGUGUCUAUCCUAAUCAAUGGCAGCCCGACGAACCAAUUCUCGGUAAAUAAAGGUAUCCGUCAAGGAGACCCAUUAUCCCCGUUUUUGUUUCUGAUAGUGGCAGAGGGAUUGAAUGGACUAGUGGCAUCAGCAGUGGAGAAAGAGAAGUACAAAGGAGUGGUAAUUGGGAGAGGAGAUGUGAUGGUCACGCACCUUCAAUUCGCGGACGACACAAUCUUCUUUGGCGAUGCAACGGAAGACAAUAUCAGGGUGAUCAAAUGUAUUAUGCGGACAUUCGAGUUAACCUCAGGAUUGAAGAUUAAUUUCAGAAAGAGCCAGUUGAUUGGUGUGGGAGUUGAUCGAAGUUGGUGUGCUAAAAUGGCAUAUCAACUAUGCUGCAAGGAAGGGAAAUUGCCAUUUAGGUAUCUGGGUAUACCAAUUGGAGGGAAUCAUAGAAGAAGAGCUAUGUGGCAGCCGUUGGUGGAGUCCGUUAGAAGGAAGUUAGUCAGCUGGAGGGGUCGGUAUCUAUCCAUGGGAGGGCGCAUCACACUCAUCAAUUCAGUGCUGUCAAGUCUGCCAGUGUUCUUGAUGUCUAUAUAUGUUAUCCCGAAAGAGGAAGGAGGUUUAGGAGUGAGGGAGUUGAGGAAAUUCAAUUUGGCAUUGAUGGGCAAAUGGUGGGGAAGGUUAGCAGAAAAUGGGGAGGGCUUAUGGAAAAAAAUUAUUGUUGAGAAGUAUGGUAAGGGAGGAGGUCAUUGGCAAGAUUGGCUAGAUGAAAGUAGAGGAGUAGGUUCAACUUGGUGGAGGGAUGUGAGUGGAAUCAACACAAUAGAAGGGGGCAGUAAUGGAUGGCUAAAAGAGGGCUUUAGGGCUAAAGUUGGGGAGGGUAACACUGUUAGCUUCUGGUGGGAUAAGUGGAGGGGAGAGGAAUAUCUUGCUAAUAGGUUCCCAAGACUGUAUCUUUUAUCAACAGAGAAGACGAAGAUGUGCAGUGAAAUGGGUUGUAGAACAAACGGGGUGUGGGAGUGGAAGAUAAAUUGGAGAAGGAAUUUGUUCGAUUGGGAAAAGGAAGAGGCAAUGGAAUUACACAACAUGAUUCAAAGCGUGCAGACGACACAAGGAUGCAUGGAUAGCUGGGAAUGGACCCACAGCAAGGAUGGCCAAUAUUCAACAAAAUCUGCAUAUGCAAUGUUAACAAAAGAUGAGAAGGAAGCAUCGGAAACAACAACCUUCACAAGAAUUUGGAGUUCCAUUUUGCCAAGCAAAGUUUCGGCAUUCAACUGGCAAUUACUAUUAGACAGGAUUCCAACUAAAAUGAACUUGCUGUCAAGAGGGAUCAUCAAAGACAUUCAAGAUUGCAAGUGCGGAAUAUGCGGUGAGGAAGAAGAGGACACAAAGCAUCUGUUUCUAAAGUGUAACAUGGUCCGGUGGUUAUGGAUGGCUUGCGCGAAAUGGUGGAAUAUUAAUGUUACACUGGAAGAGGACUGCUGGAAUACCUAUCAAGUUGCUGGAAGAGAACCAAAAGAGAAAGCUAUUAGGGAUGGAUGGGAUUGCAUUUGGAACUCUCUAGUGUGGACAGUGUGGCUGGCUCGAAAUCAAAAAGUAUUCCAAGGCAAAGAGAUUAACCGGGAGAAGCUGCUGGAACUCAUCCAAUUAAAAUCGUUCCAUUGGAUCACAGCAAAAAAAGAGAGGUAUGCCUUCACUCUAACGGAUUGGUUUAUAAAUCCAGUUGCAUGCUUGAAAGAUUGCCAUAGGAAAAGAAGGGUACCUAAUGAAUAAUCUGUGGGAGGGGAGGGUGUAGAUGAUAUAUGGAUGGUUUGUCUAUGGCUUUUGUUUUGAAGGGUGAAUGGCUGUAUUAUGGGGACUCAUUAAGGCUUUUUUGAGCAAUUAUUGACUGUAGUGGAUUUUAGCUGUAGUCAAUACAUGAUCAAGGUCUUC